GUCAGAAAAAUUCAAAACAGAGUGACGGUGGAAAACAAAGUGGACGCGCCAGUGAAAAAUUGUAAAUGUGGGAAAAAUGGAUGGAAAAUCGAGGAAACCCGAUAAGAAAAGAUCUUCAAUCCUAAAGAAGCCCUGUGAUCCUGAGACGUCCGAUUGCACGGAAACAAAGACCAAACUUGUCCGGAGGAUCAGUUUUUCUGGGAAGAAAUCUGUCAAGGAAUUUAUCCUGGAUGAGGAUAAAAAUACCGUUUGGGGAACAUCGUACGAAGAAUCUGCAGAAUCCAUCGCUAUGCUGAAUAUUUCAGGAAAUGUAGCUGGAGGCAUAAAGGAGGACCUCAAUUUUUCAGUGGAAAUGGAUAUUGAACCAGAUCCUGUGAUUACGCACUAUCAGGGAGAUCUAAUAAAUCCCAUGAAUAAAGAAAAUGAAACUCCAGAUAAUACCAUUUGGCAGAGCAUCAAUAUGGGAGUGAAGAUGCCUCUGGCCAGUUCAACAAUGCUAGUAGAUGGUGAAAUGGAUAUUUCUAUGACGGAUGAUGGGGGCGGAGUGAUUUGCAGUGAGCCUUGUGCGAAGAUUCCGGCGAAAAAUAAUGUGGAUUUGAAUCUUCAGCCAAAAGUCGUGAGUAUCAAUCGGGAUCCCUUUUCCUGGCUCAGAGAUCCCAAAAUUGUGGGUAAGGAUGCCCUGCAACCCCCCGAUGUGAGCGGCAAGGUCCAAGCAGGAGGAAGAGACUCUUCAGAGAGCGAUUCUACAUUUUGUCCCAGUCCUCUGUCUAUUUCUCAGGCUGCUCAAAUGAACCGUGAGUCCACGUGCAAUAUUGAUAUAUCCACUUUUCAUUCCGAUGAUCUUCAAGACUAUAAGAAUGGUGUCAAGAAGUUUGGAAUGAAGAAUGCGGAAAUUCCUGGAAAUAUGCAGAAAAUGAGGAAAUCUGGUGUUCAAAAUACAUUUUAUUUCCAAGCUCAGCAGACCCAAAUGGACAUGACUCUAGUAAAAGAAAAUUGCGAGAAAAAUCACAAAGUUAAGGCUAUGAACCUUCCUGUGGCAGAAGAUCAGUUGAAUCUGACAAAACUUUCACCUGAACAAAUUCUCGAGGAGAAUUCUAAGCAGCCCAUUAAACCGAGGCAAACGCAGUACUUUCCAACGGAUGAUAAUCAGAUGGAUCUCACAGGGAUGCAAAGCAGAAAGAGUUCAACAAAUUGUGUUAAAACCGUUGUGAGCCAUUUGGAGACUGAUCAAAUGGACAUCACAGAUCUUGAAGAAAGAAACCAAGACAGGAGUAUGAACAAGAAAUCCAUGGGCAACAUGGAUAUUACUCUGCAGGACAAUUGCAAAAGAAUAACAGAAAAAGAGAGAAAAACAAUUCACUUUUCAAAUGAAUGCAAUCAGAUGAAUCUUACAAUUGGUGAAGAUGAAACAAUUUCCUUCAGAACUCCCCGGCAAAUCGUUUUCAUAGAAAAUGCUCAAAAUAAAAGCCACAGAACAAAUUCGGCAAAUUCAGAAAAUAUUCCACCGCCUGCUGAGAUGCAAAUGACUCUUCAGCAGCAGCAAGAUUGCAGGGACAUCUGUGAAAAUGCAAGGAAAACUGUGUAUUUUCCAAAGGAAAUGGACAUCUCUGGAGUGGCAUUUGGGAAGAAAAGCAUAAGCCCAAAUAUGGAAAUGACUCUUCAGAGUGAAGAAGAAUGCACUGAUGUUUGUGGCAGGAAAACCAUUCAUUUUAACACGGAAAAUCCUACAAAUUGCGGUGCUGGAAAGCCUGAAAUGGAAAUGACGCUGUGUGAGAAAGAUCCUGGGAGACCUAAACAGCAAAAUCGUGGAACUAUACACUUUCCACAGGGCGAGAAUCAAAUGAAUCUCACGAGAGGAAGAAAGUCAGAAAUGGAGAUGACUCCCUGUCUUGCUGAUCCAGGAAAGACUAUGCAAAAACGAGGAACUCUCUUCUUCCAACCGGGAGAUGAUCAAAUAAAUAUUGUAGGAUUCGUUGAGGAUAUCACCAGAAAUGACAAAGAGAUGGUUAUCUGCUUAGACGAUCCGGGAAACACUGUCCAAAAUCGCAAAACUGUCUACUUUCGUCCGGAUGAAAAUCAGAUGAAUCUCACGGAAGUUGGGAAGCCUGAAAUGGAAAUGAGUUUUGAAGAUCAUGAAAUACUUGAUAAUCAUGAUAAUCAAAUGAACAUUACCGGAGCUACUAGGGAGAUUCCUAGAGAUGGAAGUUCACAGAAAGGAAUAUGCACUUCGAAUACCCAUUUUGGAGAUCCUGGAAAAACUGAGCAGAUUCGGGAAACCGUCUAUUUCCCUCAGGAUGAGAAUCAAAUGAAUCUCACGGAACUCGGGAAGCCUGAAAUGGAAAUGAGCCUGGUAGAGGAUCCUGCAAAACCUUCCCAGAACCGUAAAACUGUCUUUUUUCCACAAGAUGAGGAUGAAAUGAAUAUUACCGGAGCAACUCGGGAGAUUUCCAGAGAUGGAAUACCACAAAAAGGGGCCAAUACUUCAACUAUUCGCUUUGGAGAUCCUGGAAUGGCGGGACAGACUCGCAAAACUGUCUUUUUCCCUCAGGAUGAGAAUCAGAUGAAUCUUACGGAAGCUGGGAGGCUUGAAAUGGAAUUGAGCCGGGCGGAACUUGCAAAGACUGCCCAGGAUCGCAAAACUAUCCACUUUUCUCAAGAUGAGAAUGAAAUGAACAUUACCGGGACAUCUCAGGAGAUUCUUAGAGAUGGAAGGCUACAAAAAGAAAAGAGUGCUUGUCUCAGGGAUCCUGGAAUACCUGGGCAGAUUCGUAAAACUGUCUACUUUCAUCAGGAUGAGGAUCAGAUGAAUCUCACGGGAGCCGGAAAGCCUGAAAUUGAAAUGAGCCUGAUAGAGGAUCCUGCAAAACCUUCGCAGAAUCGUAAAACUGUCUACUUCUCUCAGGAUGAGAAUGAAAUGAACAUUACAGGAGCAACUAGGGAGAUUCCUAAAGAUAGAAGACAAGAACGAGAGAAUAGCUUCUGCUUCGGAGAUCCUGGAAUAGCCGGGCAAAUUCGGAAAACUGUCUUUUUCCCUGAGGAUGAGAAUCAGAUGAAUCUAACGAAAGCUGGGGAGCCUGAAAUGAAUUUGAGCCUGGAGGAUCCUACAAAAGCAUUCCAGAAUCGCAAAACUAUCCACUUCUCUCAAGAUGAGAAUGAAAUGAACAUUACCGGGACAUCUCAGGAGAUUCUUAGAGAUGGAAGGCUACAAAAAGAAAAGAGCGCUUGCUUCAGGGAUCCUGGAAUAUCUGGGCAGAUUCGUAAAACUGUCUUUUUCCCUCAGGAUGAGGAUCAAAUGAAUCUCACGGGAGCCGGAAAGCCUGAAAUUGAAAUGAGCCUGAUAGAGGAUCCUGCAAAACCUUCGCAGAAUCGUAAAACUGUCUACUUCUCUCAGGAUGAGAAUGAAAUGAACAUUACAGGAGCAACUAGGGAGAUUCCUAAAGAUAGAAGACAAGAACGAGAGAAUAGCUUCUGCUUCGGAGAUCCUGGAACAGCUUUGCAGAUCCGCAAAACGGUAUUUUUCCCUCAGGAUGAGAAUCAAAUGAAUCUCACGGAAGCCGGAAAGCCUGAAAUAGAAAUGAGCCUGGUAGAGGAUCCUGUAAAACCUUCCCAGAAUCGUAAAACUAUCCACUUCUCUCAGGAUGAAAAUGAAAUGAACAUUACCGGAGCACCUCGGGAGAUUCCCAGAGAUGGAAGACCACAAAAAGAAAAGAGCGCGUGUUUCAAGGAUCCUGGAAUGGCGGGACAGACUCGCAAAACUGUCUUUUUCCCUCAGGAUGAGGAUCAAAUGAAUAUCACACGAGCCGGAAAGCCUGAAAUGGAAUUGAGCCUGGAGGAUCCUACAAAACCUUUCCAGAAUCGCAAAACUAUCCACUUCUCUCAAGAUGAAAAUGAAAUGAACAUUACAGGAGCAAGUUCAGAGGUCCCUAAAAGUGGAAUACCACAAAAAGAAACCAACAUUUCGACUAUCUGCUUUGGAGAUCCUGGAAUGACUGAACAGACUCGUAAAGCUGGAAAGCCUGAUAUGGAAAUGACCCUGGUGGAUCCUAUAAAAACUUCCCAGAAUCGUGAAACUGUCUACUUCCCGCAAGAUGAGAACGAAAUAAAUAUCACAGGAGGCAGGAUUAUUAGCAAGGGAAACCGUUUAGACCACGAAAAUCCUGAAAAGACAGCACAGAGACGUGGAACUGUUUACUUUCCGCAAGAGAAUAAUCAAAUGAACAUCACACAAAUAUCUCCUAAGACGAUGAAGGAGAAUGACGAAAAUGACGCAGGAGAAACAAUGGAAAUGGACAUAACAAUGCCUGAAAAUCCCAUCAUUGGCGGAACCAGGAGAAAAACCACCUUGCUGAAUGAUCAGAUUCAAUCUGAGCCAGUCGAUUUGACUUUAAAGGCAAUUCCUGUGCCGAUUGUGCAGAAAACCUUGAAUGAGGUAGUUCCUAAAGACAGACGCGGCUCGAUUGGAAGUUCAGCAGUUGUGGUCAAAAUACCACCAUUCUCCAGGAGGGAAUCAAUUGAGCACCAAUUGGUAUCCUCUAGCAAUGAAACAGUUUCUCAGCCAAAUGAAGAGUCUAUGAUGCAAAACAUGUCUUGUGACUCUAUGGAUAUUUCAGAAUGUUUGCAAUCUCCUCCAGGAAAGCUAGCCAAUCAGAAGGAGGAGAUUGAAAUGGAAGCUAGCAGAAAUGCCAGCAGGAUGGCUCUCCAGGGACCUCUGGAGGAGACUACAGAGGGAGCUUCCCUGAAAUUGUUGUCAGUGGAUAUGUCUGAAGACAAUACAAUGAAGAUCUGUGAAGCUCUCUAUCGUGAACAGAGACUGCAUCAAUCGAAGAUGUCUGAGCAAUCAAGUCAAUUGUCCAAAUUGCUGGAAAAUGACUCAAUGGAAAUGAAGAUGCUCAUGGAGGAAUCUUACAUUGAGGCGGAUAGUAUCAACGCUAUGGAUAAUACAUAUCUUCGGCUGGGGAAUGUCGUAAAAUCAAUCAGUGCAGCACCAGAAGUACAAAAGCCAAUAAUUCGCAGAGAAACUUUCACAAUUCAUGAAAAUUCACAGUGUCCAGCAAAAUCUCCGAGAAAGAGUCGAAUUCCUGUUCUAGGAGCUAGUAGAUAUCCGACUCCUGAGCCUCCGAGGCGCUGUAGUCAAUUCCAAGACAAAUUGCAGGAUUCCAUUCCCGAUCUGGGAAUCAUUCAUAGGAAUAGUGAUUUAGAGAUGAAAAAUGUCACAGCAAAAUUUGCGGAUUGUUCAAUCGUCAUAAACAGUGAAACACUGAAAACUUUAUCAGAUGGAGAUGAUCAAGAUGAUUUUCUGCCUACUCUCCAAUCCUUACAUAUAUCAAAUCGUGACAUCCUCCCAGAUGAAAUGCAAGAAGAAUUUCUCAGAGAAAAUGUUCCAAGAAGGCGCAAGACUCUGAAACCUCGAAGGACACUGGCUAAAGAUCCAAAAUUACUGAAAAAUAUGCUAGGAAGUGACUUGUAUGGGAAGUUAAUUCAGUCAAAGGGUGACUUAGAGAAGGUGAUGGACGAAAGAGAUCGUGUCUUUGCUUUGUAUGAGGAAUGUAAGCCACAUCUGGAAUUUUUCCUGAAAUAUCCAAGUCGAUGCCAACUCCCAUUUUGUCCAUCGUUCAAGGAAUUAAUUGCAAACAUAGGAAGCACCUCCUUCCGAAGUAUUUGGUAUAUUGACAAAUUCUUCGCUCAAGGACAUCUGAUCUUCAAGCAUAGGAAAAUCACAUCUUUUGAGAUUCAUAUGAAAUUCAAUCCAAGUCAGCUGAAUGAUAUGGAUUGCGCGGAUCACCGUGGGAGGAUAAAUUUCAGGAAGAUUACGAUAGUGGACUGUGAUUGGUACACGAAUGCCAAUCCUGAUACCAAGUCCAAACUUUGGAUCUACCUGCAUACAAAAUUCCGCGGAAAAGUCCUUUCAGAUUCCUACUUGCUCAACAUGUACAGCGAUUCCACGUACCUCCGCGACUUCCUGCACUAUAUUGAUGAUCUCUGUUGUGAGAUUUAUGCUGCGAGACCACCUAUGAGAGAACUCCUGGCCAGAAGAUAGCAUUUAAUUUAAGUUUGUUUAAAAUUAUUUUAUUUUGUCUCAAAUAUAACAGAUUGCAAUUUGAAA